AUGGCAAAAUUGUCCUUGAUUGUUUUGUUAGCACUUGCACUAGUCGCAGCUCAUGCAACCGCAAGAAACAUUCCAACUGAUCACCAAACAGAAAACCCUAAACUCAAUGCAUUAGCCCCUUCACAAAAUUCGGCCGGCGCCGUGGCCGAUGAAAAAAACUUCCUUUCAUAUGGUGGUGGUGUAGGCGGCUGGGGCGGGAUCGGCUACGUUGGAGUGCUGCCGGUGAUCGGUGGCGUGGGAGGAGUUGGUGGCGCAGGGGGGGUUGGUGGCCUAGGUGGACUCGGCGGCUUAGGCGGCGGGAUUGGUAAAGUAGGCGGGAUCGGCAUCGGGGGUGGGAUCGGGAAAGUAGGAGGCAUCGGCGUCGGCGGCGGCAUUGUGCCUUGA